AUGCUCUGUAUCGUAGAGUUCGCUGAGCGCGCAUCCUACUACGGCGUGCAGACCAUUUUCGCCAACUUCAUGCAGUUUCCACUUCCGCCAGGCGGAAGCGGAUCUGGUGCAGUUCCCAACACUGCAGAAGGCCGCGAAGAGACCGCAGGCGCUCUCGGCAAAGGCCUGCAAUUCUCCGUGGCCUUGGGCCUGCUUUUCUCAUUCCUAGCUUAUACCAUACCGAUACCUGCGGCCUACUUAGCCGACGUCUACACAGGGCGCUACAAGAUGAUUUUGAUCGGCGUUUUGAUCUGCGGCGUCGCGCAUAUUAUCAUGAUCUGUGGUGCGAUCCCUUCUGUACUAAUCGCUGGUCACGGCAUCGCGCCCUUCAUGAUCUCACUCUUUUUGUUGGCCAUAGGCGCCGGUGCCUUCAAGCCCAACGUUGCGCCGACGGUUCUCGAUCAAUAUCAGCACCAGAAGCCGUAUAUUCGGGUCCUCAAGAGCGGCGAAAGGGUGGUCGUAGACCCUGAGACGACAAUCCAAACGAUCAUGCUGAUUUUCUACGCCUUAAUAAACGUUGGCGCCUUUUUCGCGAUCGCAACCACGUACUCUGAGAAGUAUGUUGGGUAUUGGUUGGCAUUCCUCCUGCCUGGCAUUGUAUACUUUCUACUUCCGGCACUUCUCUGGUAUUUGAACAACAAGCUCAUCAAGUAUCCACCCAACGGAAGCGUUUUGACAAAGGUCCCUGGUAUCAUCUUGCUGGCACUGAGACGCAACAAGUUCGUUGUUUGGAAGAAGAACUUCUGGGAAGCCGCAAAGCCGUCUGAGCUCGCCAAGGAUGGGAUUACCUCGUUCCGAAACAAACAAAUCACAUGGACGGACAAGGACGUUGACGAUGUUGCCCGCACGUUGACUGCUUGCAUGGUCUUCCUUUACUUUCCGAUCUACAACUGCAACGACGGCGGCAUAGGUUCCGUCUCAUCGUCGCAAGGCUCAACCAUGACCUCCCACGGAGCUCCCAACGACUUGCUGAACAACUUCAAUCCACUCACCAUCAUCGUAGCCGUUCCAAUCCUCUCGUAUGUGGUGUAUCCAACGCUUCGCCGCUUCAACAUAAAGUUUGGAAGAAUCUCUCGCAUCACCCUAGGCUUCUCGAUAGCCUCAGUGAGCGGCGUCAUUGCCGCCAUUGUGCAAUGGAGGAUCUACGAGACAUCUCCGUGCGGCUACUAUGCGACUGCCUGCGGAAGUGACGGCGAGGUGUCACCAAUCUCGAUUUGGUGGCAACUACCCAACUAUGCAUUGGGGGCACUCUCAGAAUGCUUUUGCAACGUGACCGCGUACGAACUGGCAUAUGCCAGGUCGCCACCCGGUAUGAAGUCUCUCGUAAUGGCGGCGUUCUUGUUCAAUCAGGCUCUAUCUUACGCACUCGGUGAGAUACUUACACCAGCUAUCGCUGAUCCUCAUCUUAUCUGGAUUUGGGCUGGUCCUGCUAUAGCUCUGGCUGUGCAAACGGUCAUCUUCUGGAUCCGCUACCGGAAGCUUAACGACGAUGAGUUUAUGACUUAUGAAAGCGAUGCUCGCUAUCAGGCGAACGAAAGGGAUGCGCCGCUCGAGGGAGUCGCAGUGCCCGAGACAACAACCGAGAAAGAACCAAAAAAGUCCGGUUGA